GAGGUGGUUGUGAACAGAAACACGUCAACUUCCGGUGCGGCUCCUGAACAACGGAAGCAGCGCGAGCCGGGAGCGUGAGGCGGGAGCGGGCAACCGAAUCACGCAGGUGAAGGAAAUUUAUAAAAUGGCAGAAAGUGAGAAAGUGCAUGAAUCGAAGCAUCACCGCCCCAGAGUGCAGAAGGAGCAGCAGAAUGGUAAUUUCACAGAUCUUUUGUCAUUGAAUGAGAGGAAACUGAAGGAUCAAGAAGAGAGGGAGACAAUAGUUUUAUGGAGACGACCUGUCACCACCCUGCGCUACUUCUUCCUGGAAGCUAUCAUAGACUUUAAAGAGUGGGCAAUAAAGUUGUGGCAGCGGCGAAGGUUUGUUCUAACUCUGCUGUUCUUGUUGGCUGUGGCUGCAGUUGCUUAUAAUGUCGAAGGCGAGCAUCAGCAGUUUGUGCAUUUUGUGGAAAAGAAGUUUUUGUGGUGUGCCUACUGGGUAGGCUUGGGUAUCUUGUCCUCUGUUGGGCUUGGGACAGGUCUGCACACCUUCCUGCUCUAUUUGGGACCACACAUUGCUUCAGUGACUUUGGCUGCAUAUGAAUGUAACUCUGUGAAUUUCCCGGAACCUCCCUAUCCAGAUAAAAUUGUCUGUCCUGAUGAGAAAUUGAAAGAGACCAUCUCCCUAUGGGCCAUUAUCUCCAAAGUCAGGCUGGAGGCCUGCAUGUGGGGAGCUGGCACUGCAAUAGGAGAGCUUCCUCCUUAUUUCAUGGCACGGGCAGCUCGUCUAUCGGGCACAGAAACUGAUGAAGAGUUUGAAGAAAUACUGGAACAUGGUCAGAAUUCAGAGGAUCUUCCCACUAGAGCGAGGAUGGCUGUUCAGAACUUGGUACAAAGAGUUGGUUUCUUUGGCAUCUUGGCUUGUGCUUCAAUUCCCAAUCCUCUCUUUGACCUGGCUGGAAUAACAUGUGGACACUUCCUUGUUCCGUUCUGGACCUUUUUUGGUGCGACUCUUAUUGGAAAAGCUAUCAUUAAAAUGCACAUCCAGAAAUUAUUUGUUAUUAUCAUGUUCAGCAAGCACAUAGUGGAACAGAUGGUGUCCUUGAUAGGGGCAAUUCCAAAGUUAGGCCCUUCACUUCAGAAACCCUUCCGAGAAUACCUGGAGGCCCAGAAACACAAGCUUCAUCACAAGUCUGGAGACAAAAUAGAAGCGAGUGAAAACUGGCUGUCGUGGCUGUUUGAAAAAAUAGUCAUUGCCAUGGUGUGCUACUUCAUUCUAUCCAUCGUUAAUUCCAUGGCCCAGAGCUAUGCCAAACGGAUCCAGUCGCAGAAAUAUACGGAAGAGAAAAUGAAAUGAAAAAAAUAUUUUUGAGAAAGGGACUGUACAAGGCCCAGAUUAGAUAGUGAUUCCUAAAAACCAUCCGCUGCUGCUUGAUUCCAUUAACUGGAAUUAUUUUAAGGAGGCAGAGGGGGUAUGUUAUAAAUGUGUGCAGUUACAAGUUCUGAAAGAAUUAUUUCAUGCUUAUCAUAAGUAUCCCAGUUUGGAGUUUACUUUUGUGGAUUCUUGCCCAUUUGUUGUCUCCAUUUUAAAUUUUUUUAAAGAAUUUUGGCUUCGGUGGAGGCCUUGUUAGGAAUGAAUGGCAUAAAGGAAAUUGUAGGAUAGAUGUAAAUAUUAAGCAUGGAAUCCACAUGAAAGCAAUGAUUUGGAUUGUCUCCCAACUACUUUGGGCAUGGUAGUGAAUAAACAAGAGCUGGACAUGGUUUGCAAAACCACAUCGGCUCAAAAACCAACAUCGCAUUGUCUUGAGGUGCAAGUGUCUUCCCACAAUUCCUUUUUAACCAUCAAAGGUUGGCUGUAUUUGGCACAAUGGUUGGUAAUGUUAGUUCCAUAAAUUCAGAACUGUGGCACUGUUUUAACGCUAGCCCCUUUUGCCACUGGUUGAAAAUAAUGCUUAAACUCUUUCAGAGCUUACUAAAUCGAAAUAGUUAAAUGGGGACUUACAUUAUUUCCUCCUUUCUACUGCAUCAUCAUGUUAUUGCUCUCCUCCACCUAACCUGUACCCUUGCCAACAGCAUUCUCCUUCGGUGCUGAGAUUUCAUGCUGCCUACUCACUCACGUACUCACUGUGGUUUGACACAAAGUUGCAGUGAACUGAUAGUCCCAUCAGUGUUGCAUUUCUCAACGCUUGUAGGUGAGACUUCAAGUCACACCAUCAUCUGCAGUGUUUCAUUUUAGCUAAGAAAAAAAGCAGAGGCAUUGAUUUUUAUCAUGUCCCCUCUCUUUUGCUGAUAGAGGGUAGAUGUAGCGAAUAAGUGAGUAAGUACGUGUGGAUUUGUAAAAAGAAGUUUAUAAAUAUUUAUUAUCACAAACUUUGAAUUUUAUUUAUCUCCCACCUGAGCAAUGUUGUUGUCCUGUGCCCAAAGCAGCAUCAAACCAUUAAAACUGUAUUGCUCACUUCUACUUGUAUUUUCAACUAUGAUAGUGAAAGAAAAGCUGUAACACCAGUCCAUCUCCAACUGCACAGAAAGCAGUGUCGUGUUUACUCUGUAAAUUUUAACACAAAGACCUAACCUGACUUUAUAAAACUACAUUGUCAUUCCGCAGACUGAACCUCAGUCCAAAUCUGUCCAUUUUGGUGAGGAAUGUCAUGAUCGUGUAAAGUAACAAAAUCUCAAACUAUGUGUGCCAAUUAAGUACAGACUCAAUGACUUCACUGAUUAAUUCAUAUAGGACCAUUCGUAAAAAAUGAAAUAAACAGGUAUCUGAUUUAGGUCAUAGUGUAUAUCUUAAAUUAUUCCAAUGUGAGACACGUUGCAUGAAAAAGAUCCUUCAGAAGCUUCUCUUUAGGAGCCGUUUAAACUGAAGAAACUGAUUCUGUUUUAAUUACUGCAUUUUCUAAUUGGAAUAAAAUUGGAAUUAUGGUGAUACCUUUCCAAGGUUUUCAUUGAAGUGUGUGAAUUUGAAUAUAUAAAUUAAUGUGGUUCCAGUGUGCACCAGUCAGAUUUCAGCUCCAGCUUCCUCUCGGCACCUGCCGUCCACUACAGCAGUGGUCUGAAAAUGCUCUGGCAGAGAAAGCAACAAGUCAAAAGUUAGUUCAGUCUCUGAUAAUACCAGUGUUUUACAAGUGCUGACCCAUAGUAGUUUUGACCCACGGGUUCUGGAUCUGUACUUUGUCUGUUCAAAAUCUCCUUUGGAGUUUGGGGAAAAUGACUAAAAAGGGAAGCUUGUGCAAAACCAUACCUGAUUAAUGUCCUGUAUAAUUAACAUGUCAUUAUCCCAUUCCAUAAAGUAAACUGGGGCACUAUUGCUCUACAUUUUCAUGUGCCUGAUGGUAAGUAAUUUGAAUUCCUAGAAGUUCACUGCAUGAAAAGUAAAAAUUGAAGAGGAAGAUCUUUCACUACUAGUUCCGAUACUGGUUUUAUCUUCAGCAAUUUGGAUAUCUCCAUCUUUCUGACGAUAUUAGUCCUGAAAGAUAAAGUUGGGUUUAUGCUCUUGGAGAUCAACCAAUGAUCACUCCAUACAGUGAAACCCAAGACAGGUGCUGCUGCCUGACCAACAACCAAGGAAACCCUUUCCAAUUGUAGCUUGAAUUUUGAAUCUGAAAUGUGGAGUUUGAAUUUGCAUCUUUACUGAAAUCUGGCGCCAUACCACUGCUUUUGUGCAACCAAUGUAUCAGAAAUGUAGCGGUGACAAAUCCUUGUAGUCGACUUCCUUUCUAAACAACAAACUAAUUCAUUACUCAAAGGAUAGUAAUUUUAUUCAGAAACGGGUAAGGUUCCGUGUACCUUCAUUGUUUAAUUUCUACCCUCAAAUGCCAGCUGUAGAUUUUUGUUCACAUCCAGCUUCUGCAUUGUCUUGCCAUUCAGUGAGAUAGCUUAUCAGACUGGUGUUGGCUGUUUGCUCAGUUGGCGACAACAGUUGGUAGGCUAUCUGACGAUGUGGUGUCUUCCAUCUGAUCAGCAUUGCAUUUUGUUAUGUUCUGCUUCUCCAUUUUCAUUUUGAUGCUCAUUGUUUUUAUCUAAGUAAGCACUACGUUUAUGAAUCUCAUUCUCCAGCACUUGUUUUGGGGAAAAAAAACUAAUGGUCUGUAGUAAUAUGAUCUACUGCCAUUCCUUUGACCACAUGGUUAUGUUCAAACUUCCACCUCUUUUUACCCUUGCAUUUAGAGGUCACACAUAAUUGUUCUGCUUCUAGAUCAUGUGUAAUAUUCUGCUGUUUCCAGGUAAGUAGAAAAGGUUAGACCUUAAUUCAAUGCAAGUGGGUUCAAUAACUUUGUCAAAACCACACUAACUUAACCAUGUCACAAUGUGCAGAAUAUUUAAUAAAAUCUGUAUCAGAGUCAA